CAUGUUACGCAGCAGCUUCUACGACCGACAGACAUGGGGGGUGCGGGAACGCGCCGCAGUGGUGGGGGGCGCGCUCUCGGCACGGGGCCGCGCACCCGCCGCCUUGCUCGUUGUUUUCAUGAAUGAAAUCCAAUCGGGCGGAUAUAAAUAGAUCAGGGACGCUGACGUCACGAGGAGAGCUGCUGCUGCUGGUGCUGGAGAUCAGGUUGCCUCAGUCAGUCAGCCUAGCGCUUAUCAAUCUACCAAUUCACGUUUUUUUUUCCUCUCGCUCCAAAAACGUAUGCGGGAGGGCGGGGAUUAAAAAAAAAAAAGAGGGUGGAGAUGUCGAGAAGGGUACAAAUCGCCCCUUAAGAUGGUUAGGGGUAGAGACUGUCACCGCAAGGAGAGGAGACAAUGAGAUCGCGCUAUGGUGUUCUGCAAACUUGUGCCUAGUCUUAUUAUCCCUGCUGCACCUCCAUCCGUGCAGGAGAACAAUAGCUGAGCCGGGGCUCAGGGAUAACGGUGAUCUCGGGAGGAGAACACACAGGUCUGCAUAAAUGGACACUGACAUGGACUACGAAAGGCCCAAUGUGGAAACCAUCAAGUGUGUGGUUGUGGGAGACAAUGCAGUGGGCAAGACGCGACUUAUCUGCGCAAGGGCAUGUAACACCACCUUAACUCAGUACCAGCUGCUAGCCACCCACGUACCAACAGUGUGGGCAAUAGAUCAGUAUCGUGUGUGCCAAGAGGUCCUUGAGCGCUCCCGGGAUGUUGUGGAUGAAGUAAGCGUGUCUCUCAGGCUGUGGGACACCUUUGGUGACCAUCACAAGGACAGACGUUUUGCCUAUGGAAGAUCCGAUGUGGUUGUGCUGUGUUUCUCAAUUGCAAAUCCCAACUCGUUAAAUCAUGUGAAAACCAUGUGGGCUCAGGAAAUCAAACAUUUCUGCCCCCGGACACCUGUCAUUCUUGUUGGCUGCCAGCUGGACCUGCGUUAUGCCGACCUUGAAGCUGUUAACAGGGCAAGGCGCCCGUUAGCCAGGCCAAUAAAAAGAGGAGACAUCCUGCCGCCAGAAAGAGGAAGAGAAGUUGCCAAGGAACUUGGCAUCCCGUAUUAUGAAACCAGUGUUUUUGACCAGUUUGGGAUAAAGGAUGUUUUUGACAAUGCAAUCAGGGCAGCUUUGAUAUCCAGGAGACACCUCCAGUUUUGGAAGUCACAUCUGAAGAAAGUUCAGAGACCUUUAUUACAAGCUCCAUUCCUUCCCCCUAAAUCACCGCCGCCAGUCAUAAAAAUACCUGAGUCCAGCAAAUCUAACAUGAAUGAUGCUGGAGAUUUGCUGGACAAUCCUUUGUGUGCAGAUGUCAUGUUCGUCCUUCAGGAUCAAAAACGGAUCUUUGCUCAUAAGAUUUACCUUGCUACCUCCUCCUCAAAAUUUUAUGACCUUUUUUUAAUGGAACAUGAAGAGCCGCUAAAUCCUGUGGAUUGGUAUUGCAAGAAGGAGAAGCCUACAAAGGAUUUGUUAAUGAGGACAUUAAGCCUUGAUACAGAAGAGGACACAGAUGGGGCUUCCUUGAAAUCAUCAGAUGCCUGCCUUCGGAUAUCUAGAAGCGAUGAUACCUUACUAACUACAGACUGUGAUGAGGAAGGUAGUGUUGCUUUAUUGUCUUGGAGCAAAGGCUUUCAUAGUAUGCACCAAGAAAUGACGUUCAAUCCGAUUUCUGACAGGACUUGUUCAAUGACUGUGGUCCGAAUGGAUUCCUCUAUUCAGUAUGGGCCUUUUAAAACGGUGUUACAGUUUCUGUAUACGGGAAAGUUAGAUGAGAAUGAAAAGGGUUUGAUGCGGGUGGCGCAGAUUGCAGAAAUCCUGGAAGUAUUUGAUUUGCGGAUGAUGGUAGAAAACAUUACAAACAAAGAAGCCUUUAUGAACCAGGAGAUCACAAAAGCAUUCCAUGUCAGGAAAUCAAAUCGAAUCAAGGAAUGUCUUUCCAAAUCCACAUUUUCUGAUGUGACAUUUAAAUUGGAUGAUGGAGACAUCCAUGCGCAUAAGCCGCUUCUUAUCUGUAGCUGUGAAUGGAUGUCUGCUAUGUUUGGAGGAUCAUUUGUGGAAAGUGCAAAUAAUGAGGUCAUACUUCCCAAUGUAAGCAGAUCUUCAAUGCAAGCUGUGUUAGACUAUCUAUACACCAAGCAGUUAUCGUGUACGUCAGAGUUAGACCCAGUGGAGCUGAUUGCACUGGCAAAUAGGAUCUGCCUCCCACAUCUGGUUGCUCUCACUGAACAGCAUGCUGUGCAAGAGCUGACCAAAGCCGCAGUGAAUGGGGUGGAUAUUGAUCAAGAAGUGCUGACAUACCUAGAACUUGCUCAGUUUCACAAUGCCCAUCAGCUGGCUGCCUGGUGCCUGCAUCACAUCAGUACAAAUUACAACAGCGUCUGUUCCAAAUUCCGAAAAGAUAUUAAAGCAAAGUCUGCUGAAAACCAGGAAUACUUUGAAAGACACCGUUGGCCACCAGUUUGGUACCUAAAAGAAGAGGACCAUUACCAGCGGGUGAAGAAAGAGCGGGAGAAAGAGGACCAUGUUCUCAAUAAACAUCGAUCAAAACGCAAGUGGUGCUUCUGGAGUUCCUCGUCAGCGGCCUUUGCUUAAGCAAUGACUUAACUGCACACUUGAAAACACUUGUAAAUUAAUAUUGUCUUAAUGUUAAAACAAGCUGUACAGUAAGUUACCUUUUGAAGCACUGAUUUGAAUCCACAUGUGUGCAUUUAUUGUUUUUUUAUAAGAUCAAAGCACAAUUUCUCAAGCAGGUCAAAAAUAAUAAAAUAAUACAAGCUUGUUACCUUCAGCUGGAGGUCCAUGUAGACCCUCAUGUGUCACAGAUAAGGUGUAAUGCAUUAACAAAAUGGUUUUUAUAACAACCUUUGACAACAUAACGUAUAUUAGAUAUUCAUGGCACUAAAUAUAAAUACAGGGAUCUAUCUAGAGCAAAAACUCUCGGGUGAGAAUAAGCCAAUACAUGGACAGGUGCUCGCACGUAAUAUUAUGUUGUAGAGCGCAGUCUAUCUCUUCUGCUCGUACUGUGUUUUUGAACGUUAGAAUCAAAGUUGUGUAGCAUCCAGAAUAGUGUGUCAAGCUAACCUCAGUGUUUGGAAAGCUUGACAAUCAUGCUUAAAACUGUGUGUUCUUCAGUUACUAAGCUCCUGGAAAUCGGAAAAUAUUCAGAUUCAAGUUUUUUCUGUUUUUUUUUUUUUGUUUUUUUUUUAUUACUAUUGUGCACGUUCUUUAUAAUCGGCAGAUAAAGCAAUGCAGAAGCCAGACCCUGCUUGUGCCACUCUUAAUGAGAGUUUGCCAGUUCAGUCCUUGAGAGCCAGUGGCCCAUUGCGGUGUUAUCAUUAUGGAAAUUAAUCUGCUGUAAGAUUUAUUUUUUUAGGUAUACCUUGUUUUUUAAAACUGUUCCCAGUGUAUAGAUCUCAAGGAUUUGGGAAAGUGCAGUUUGGCCUGUAUAAGGAAGCUACGUUUCCCGGUUUUUCUGCUUGCUUGUUUACUAAAAAUAAAAAAUUAUCUGAUCAGAAAUCUGUUAUAUCUAGCAAAAAAAAAUAUUCCUAACUAAAAAAUUAUUAUAUUCAUUUAAUAGUCUUUAGCCCGCCAAAAGAAAAAAAAUUAACUUACAAGACAUUACAACCCAGCAGUGAUCUGACUCCCAACUUUACUGGGAACUAAUUUUCUUUCAGUCUUACUUUCUUGUAUGUGAAAUGCCUAUGCUAGAUUAGAAUCUACACUAUAGAAGGGCUUUAUUUACAGGGAUAUUCAGGGUAAACAAAAGACCCUACUUGCAAGAAUUUUUUUUUUUUUUUUUUUUUUACUACCUUUAUGAUCUAAAAUAUGUAUUUAUGUUGUAUCAUUCAUUCAUUACACAGUGGUCUUCCACCUUUAAUGUGGUGAAGUGAUUGUUUAAUGUGAACCUGUACAGAUUACAAAAGGACUGCAUAAGAUAUACUGUGAACAUUGGAAAGAGUGCUGUUUUUUUUGCAGUUGAACUACUCUUUGGUUGUGUAUAUUCCUGUCCACUGUAUCCUGUUUUUUUGUUUUUGUUGUAUUGUUUUUCUGGUCAGUCCUGGCAGAUGAAUGUAGGGACUUCUAUCUUACGUAGAAUAUUAUGGCCUUGUCCAGAUAUACUAUAGUAGACUCAUCACCUCAGCCCUGCAGUGAAGGCAGCCGUUUUGUGAGCUGAAGCAAUAUGCAUGAGAAUAAAACCUGUCAAUUCACUAGGAACAUCUCAGUGAUAACACUAAUUCCUAGAUAAUACAUAGACAGAAUAUUAGUCCAGCUUACAACAUUACUGUCUCCACAGUGUGCAUAUCCAGAAAAACCCAGACAGGCCGUAGCGCUGGGAUCUUUGUUUCAUGUAACCCAUUAUUAUUUUUAGGUUCAAUUUAAACCUGCGUUCCAGGUAAAAUUGCAGGCUCCCUUGUGUGCUGUAGCUCAGUGGAUAUUGCAUUUCAUUAAUAUGCUGUCUAGGAUGAGCAUAUGUACCUUCUCUUUGUUAUGUAUUGAGUAUUCUUGUAUCAGUAUUUCUUUAUCUUCUUGUUCUUCACAUGUGUUUUUUGUGAGUUUUCAGUGUUAAUUACAAAAAAAAAGAAAACAAUUUACAUAUCGUUAAAAGUAGGAUAUAAGCUGUUUCUGGGCCAAUCUAUCACUACGUAUUUUAGCAGAUAUAUAGGGGGAGGUUUAUCAAACAUUCUAAAGCGGACAAGUGGAAAGGUUCUCCCUAGCAACCAAUCAAAUUCCAGCUAACAUUUAUCGAAUACAGGCUAUAAAAUUAUACAGUUUCCUAUUGGGUUUAAUGUGACAUAAUUAUUAUAAAGUAGGAAAUAAAAAUGAAUGUGACAUAACUACAUAGUUAAUAUAAAACAGGAAAGACAUAUCUUGUUUACGGAAUCCUUAUGUAUAGUCUGAUGUAUCUCAAACAAAACUUAAAUAAAAGAGGACACAGUUGUCGAGUAGUAUAACAUGAGAAUAUUAAGCUUAAGCAGGACUAAGGGAGCACAUAUGGUAAUGUGUCUAUGUAAUUGCUCUCAUAUAAUACCACUGUUAGAACUCUCUCAUAUUGUACUUACCUAACAUAAGUACAAGCAAGUGAUCACAUACAGGAAGUUUAGCAUAGGAAAGUCCUGUACCUCCGUAAACGUACUGGUAAUAUUAAAUAUCUUCCUGAACGUUUACAUAUGUUAGUAAAUGUUAUACGUACUUAUCCAUACAAAGUAUUUUGUUCUAGGCUUGGUGGCCUUUUUAAAUGAAAUGAUUGUUCUAAGGCUGCUCGUGCUCUUUUAUGACUAAAAACACAAUUCAGUUUUUUCAUUUUGUUUUUUUUUAAUCCGGUUUAAAAAAUAUUUUUCUAAACUAGAACCGUUAAUCUGCCUUUUAAAUUCGUAAUACUUGUAUAAGGCAGUAAAAGGGAUAAAAAACUGAAACCAGUGGCUAUGUUUGCUUGCAGAUUAGCAGCUAGCAUUGCAUUUAGGUGCAAACUGCACAUUAAACUACAACAGGCAGUUUCUUUGAUAAUUUAGCUUUCAUUAGGCAGAUAAAAGGUACAGAUUAAAAUUCUUACAUUUUUUUAGGUGUUAUUUAUAGACCUUUUAAAGUGCACAAGUACUUAUGUGAGGAGAUUUGGUCUGUUUGGUGGGGUUAAAGGACUAAGUACUCCAGUAUGCUAAAGUCUAAUCUCUAGACACAGAUGCAGGUGAAGAACAAGAGAGGAAAAGUAUUUGGGGACUAGGCUUAAUAAGAUUUUUUUUUUUUUUUUUUUUUUUUUUUUUUUUUGCUGAACCCCAGAGUUAUGAAAGCCAUAUACCUUUUAAUGAAAUUGUGGUUCAUAACUGGGUUCAUCAUUGACACGGCCACUUUUACAUUUAGCAUUGCUGAUACAGGUGCUAUUAAAAUGGGAUAACCCUAUUAAAACAUAUACCAGCAAAAAUAACACAAUGGCCACACUGCAUAAUGGACAGAUAUGGUAGUUUGCAUUGGUUAACUAUUGGGGGGAGGGGAGGGGGGACAAUUCAGUUAAGCUAUGUUAGGUAUUGCAAUAGUUGUUAAUGCGUGUGCUUGACAACUUAAAUUUGUAUCACAAUGCUGUGACCCAUAGGAAUAAAGUAACAGUCGUCGGUUUUACACAACCAAAGCUCAGUUUGUAAACUUGCCAAAUGUUACGAUACAAACGCACCUGGGGUAUAUGCAAUAAUAUCCAGUUGUAAUCUUAAAUGUCAAUUUAUAUAACCAAGUGGCUGGUUCAUUUGGUUUAUACAGCCUAUGGCCUUUAUGUUUUGUGGUUAUUUUAUGUUUUUUAUUUUGCAAAAAAAUGAAAAUGUCAAUAAACAUGU